AUGCAUUUCCUUACGACGCUUAUUUUUGCGACGACGAUUGGGCUCGGGGCCAGCGCCGUUCCUCUGAAGUUUACCCCAGACAAUUUUACUCUUACAACGAGUUCAAGCGCCUCUCCUUCCAAUGGAAUACCUACAACGAGCCUUAGACCGACGAGCGUGUCCCAAACAGUCUCCAGCAGCGCUCGGGCGGUGGUAUCCUCCGCGCCCAGCAGAGCGGUUAGCGAGUCAACAGGAAUGACACCUAGCCAAGUCACGAAAGCACUCGCUUCAUUCGGUGGUCCAUGCGCGCCAAGUCCAAAUAAUACCUGCCGGACUGCAGACCAAAUCGCCACCGCAGUCAAUCAAUCGUUCCGCCGCUUUGGACUCGAUACUGUCGGUGAACAAGCAGCGGUAUUUGCGCUCAUGGCAUUCGAGUCGGGCGGCUUUCAGUUUGAUGUAAACGUGUUUCCUGGACGGCCUGGGCAAGGCACGAGGAACAUGAUGAUGUUCGACUUUGUGCUUCCUUACGCACUGGAGUUCAACCCCUCUGCCGUCCGCGCUAUCCGGUCCGACUUGGUUUUAGGCCGCGCAACUGCGGCAGAUGUACCGGAUGAUCAGCAAAGAAAUCUCAUCCGUGCUACUGUCCUGGGAGAUGAGCUCUCCUUUGCCUCGGGAGCGUGGUUCCUGCGCGAAAAGUGCAAGCCGGACAUUGCUCUCGGACUACAAAGUGCCACUGCAGAUGCGUGGAAUCGUUAUAUGGACCCGGAAUGCGUGGGUGCUGGUCAGGAUCCUGCGAGGCUCGCACUCUAUCAAGCCGCGUUGGAGGCAAUGGGCGCAUAG